AUGGAGUUCCUCCAAUUGCCCCAUCUUUUUCAUCUACGUCUGGCGCACUUCAUGGCCGGGGCGGAUCCGCAUACCCGUCAGGGCUACUCGAUGACUUGUCGUUACUUAUGGAAUCUCGUGGAGAGUGGAGGCGAUUAUGAUGCCUACUUUGCAUCCGGAGACGAAACCUGUCAUUCGCUAAUUAUCCAAGGACGUGGCGCGGACUGCUUGACAUUCCGGAACUACAAAUUCCCCGAAGCCACGUCAAACUCCGUAGGCAUUCGGCACCCAGCUCUACCCCAAUGGACCACGUUUUGGCCCAUAAAAACAAGUGAUGUCAAGAGGCUGGAUUCGGCUUGCAAGACAGCGGAUGGCAAGUACACGCACAUCUUACUGCGCGUACGGACGCUGACGCCCAGGUUGCUGCGGUUCAUCAACACUCGUGUCCACAAGCUCAGCACCGGCGACGUCAACGGGGUGACCGGGCUCUACUGCCCGGUCUUCUACAUUACGGCAUUAGGUCGUCGAAGGGAACAUAUAGUUUGGUCGAUGAUCGCCCAAUGGCAGGCUGGAAACCGACGAAUCAUCAAGGGCGUCAUCCGCAACCCGAAGAUGGACACGGACCCGGAAUUCCGGGGAAAGCUGCAGGGAGACCAUGUGUAUAUGAACGGCGAGAGGACACUCCGAGUUCGUGUCAAUCACCAUGGAAAUUACCUUUUGGAGGAGACAACGCGUCUCGGAACUUCUCAAAGAUUU